GCCGGUGAUUGGGCGGCUGGCUGCGAGCGCGGAAUAAUGAGAAUCCGUUGAGAGAGGAGGCUGACUAAGAUCAUGGCAGACAGCGAAGAGCAGGAAGACUACAAGAUACAGGGAUUUGAUGCUGACAUCCAGAAUCUUCUGAAAACAGCACUAAAAGAGCCAGGGAGUGUGGACUUAGAAAAGGCUGCCAAUGUGAUUGUAGAUCAGUCACUAAGAGAUUCCACGUUCAGCAGGGAAGCUGGGAGGAUGUGCUAUACCAUUAUCCAGGUGGAGAGCAAGCAGACUGGGUGCACCAUGUUCCGCUCCAGCCUCCUGAACCGGCUUCAAGUGGAGUAUAGGAACCGGAAGGAGACCAGAGCUCGCUCUCUGCAGGAGUGGGUGUGUUACGUUGGCUUCAUGUGCAACGUCUUCGACUAUCUUAGGGUGAAUAACAUGCCGAUGCUGGCUCUGGUUAACCCUGUGUAUGACUGCCUGUUCGAUUUGGUACAGCCUGAUAGUCUGAAAAAGGAAGUGGAGGUUGACUGCCUGGUGUUGCAGUUGCAUCGGGUAGGGGAGCAGCUAGAGAAGAUGAACUGCCAGCGUAUGGAUGAGCUUUUCUCACAACUGAGAGACGGCUUCCUCCUGCAGGGAGGCCUCAGUUCACUGACCCAGCUACUGCUGCUGGAGAUGAUCGAGUACAGGGCAGCCGGCUGGAGUAUGACUGAUGCUGCACAGAAGUAUUACUACAGUGAGGUGUCGGACUGAUACUAUAGACAGUGGCGUUUAUCCUACAUGCACAUUAAAAGCACAAGAUCUUAUAAACCCUAUAGUUGCUGCAGAGCCAUGUUUCAAAGUGAAGUGUUAGAGCAGAAGAGCAUCCCAAAGGCAUACACUUUACUACACCUUUUGAUAAAUCCUAAUUUAUGUAAAAUAUACCCCCAAUAUUUAAUGGCUGGCUGAGCCGUAUUUUGUUUGUGGCCUUCAUCCAACCACAGUUCAGACAGGGUGUGCAGUUGGUCAGAGAAGGACAAAUGGGUGGGGUUCAGCCCAGAGCAUAAACUAAGGGUUUAUAUUGGACAAGCUCAAAAGCAUUCAUGGCUUUUUGGCAAUAAAAUUGGUUUGAGCUGUGUAAUGGAUUUGCUGCACUAGUGUAAAACAUAUAGGGGUUUAUAUUAUUCGAGUUCUUCUGCAAAAGCUUUGAAAACACUUUGAAGGACAAGAAAAAUCCAAAUAGGUUAUUAGUUGUGUGUUAGUAAACAAAGGUUAGUUGUUCCAGGGAUGAUUUGCAUGCCUGUUAGGCAUUAUCUGCGCUGGUAGAGAAAACACCAAUACUAAACCCGUGCAUUUUUUGGGUGGAAAGCCAGGGUGUUUUGGCACAGUACUGCUUUUUCACCAGAUUAGGAAAUUCCACGUGUUACAUGCCUCCAAGGGUAAUUUCACACUUGGUGUACAUGGGAGAGGAACUAAAUGUUUUAAAUCAAUUUCAUAUUGAACGUGAAUUGCCUGGCAACUCUGAGUCUUGAGCCUGUCAUAAUUUUUGAUUAUUAAAGGGGAACUAUUGUGAAAAUGAAAAAUCUUUUCUAAAUACAAUCAAUUCAAAAUUCUGUACUGUUUCUUAAAUGAUCUGUUUCUGUUCACUAUUUCUCUCUCAGCAUCUGUUUCUCUUCAUGUUGUACGGUUUCUGAAAUAAUCAAAUUUAUCUUCACUAUCCCUCUCGCAGCAUCUGUUUCUCUUCAUUGUGUCUUCAUUCAGCAGUUGGGUAUCAAUUGACAGUGACAGACAUCAUGUCUCUCUACCUGCAGGAUUUGUGCAAAAGUCAGUUAUUUUGUUAGAUUUUAAUGUACUGGAAUCAGUUAUUUGAGUGAGCUCUAAUACAUCUGAUAGUAAAGGGAGCCCCCCUAUAAGAUAUAUUAGAUCUAACUGUAAAUGACUGACACCCAACUCCUGCAUGAAGAGAGAAUGUAUGAAGAGAGAAUGAAGAGAAACAGAUACUGAGAGAGGGAUAGUGAAGAUGAACUUGAUUAUUUCAGAAAUGGUGCACAAUUUAAUUGAUUGAGGAAGUUUCUUAUUUCAAUAUGAAGAAGCGUAUAUUAAAUUUACAUUUUCUUAUAGUUCCCCUUUAAGCAUGUACAUCAGCAGGAUAUACUCACAGAAAGGUAAAUGGGGAGAAGGAAGUGAUUUAGAAGACUUGUCCCCUUUCACAGAGGCUACAAAAUGCUUGACAUUGCUUAUAACUGUUCUAGAGUCAGUGAAAAACUAAAUUGUCAGAACUUUAGGAUAGUGCAUCCCGCCAUGUCACAGCAGAUGUAAGGUAUAUGCAUCCAUGGGCUUCCUCUGCCACCGGCUCUCAGGUUUUCUAUUUGCAGCCAUUUCACAUGAGAAGACUUGAAGCAAGCAACACUCACACUAAGACGGGUGCUGUAAAUGGAGAGAGCAGUUGUCACCUACUAAAGCACACCACCACCACCUCUUGUAUCCAUAGGGCAAUACAUAAUAUAUACUCUGCUGGCUAAUUUGAAAAAAAAAAAAA